AUGGUCAACGAUACGGAAAUCGCUACGCAGGGACAACAGUCGUCGCCCCAUUUAUUAUCACCGGUUGGCAGUGUAGUGCCUCAGAAACGUGGUUUGGAGGUUGGAAAGACCAAAGCCAAGCAAUAUCCGAGCGCCUUUCAUCCGCCGGAUUUCAGUGAUGCGCUCCUGCUAAUCGUCAAUCUUCAAGGCCGGCGCAGAGGCUUGGACUGCCAGUAUGAAGCCGUCUACUCUCGCGGAAAAGCACCCACGCCACGUCGUUCAGGACCAGCUAACCUGGAUGGCCCACGAUUGAGCCCCGUCCAGUAUAGUUCGCCUGGUGUACCAUGUUCUCUACACCCAACCCCAAGGACCAUGGAGCAGUCCGAGUCAAUCCUGUCGAGACUGAAUGACCUUGCAGCCAUAGCUCCACGGCUCAGGGAACCGGAUACUGCCCCGGAGGUGCCCUCACGUGCUUCCCCUGGCCUCGAAGUUGCCGGCCAAUACUCAGAUCCAACUUCUGGCUUGUCAUUCUUACAUCGGGCCUGGCGACGCAUCUCGAAUGAUGCAAAUGUGCAGAUCCCAAAUGGUCAUCCUGGUUCAGCAGCAGAUGAUCAGCUACUGUCGUGUGCUGGAGACAAGCCCUUUAACAAUAGCAGUGAGGUAUGCUUGCCGACGCUUGACCGCGGCCGAGAAUUGUUGAAGCAUUAUUUCGAUGUUUGCAUUGCGACCUUUCGAAUGCUUCAUAGACCUUCGGUCGAGUCAUGGCUCUCAACCGUCAUUGAGAACUCGGAAGCUGAAAGACCCCUUGAAUCAGAUCUCGGGCGAGCGAAGGCAGCUACCGUCAUGUCAGUGCUAGCGAUCGCUGCGUUUCACGAGGGCAAAGCGAUGGGCACGAAUGGAUUCUCGGCGAUUAACGAAGACACGUCGGGAUCUCAGAGUGAUGAAUUCUUUUGCGAAGCGCAGCGUCUCACAGAUAGUGAGACUGGCCUACCGCGACUGGAAUCAGCCCAGUCACGCUUGAUUCAAGUUCUCUACCUGCUUAUGUCGUGUCGCUUCAAUCAAGCAUGGUACACCUUUGGACACGCUUUACAGAUUAUCUCAGCUCUAGGUCUUCAUCGCAGGGAUGAUCGAAAAAAGGCAACAAUAAACAAACGAGAUUUCGUCGAAGAGCAAUGCCGGAAACGGACGUUCUGGGUGGCAUACAUACUGGAUAAAUAUCUUGGCGUUAUCUUUGGGAGACCAACACAUUACCAUGACGAAGAUAUUGAUCAAGACCUCCCAGUACCAGUCAACGACGAAGACAUGACGAGCCUAGGGGCACAAAUACGUGAGACAAACGAUUGCUAUAUCGAAGCGCUGAUUGUUCAUGCGAAGCUCGCACAGAUUGCGGAGAAGAUUUCACGUGAAGUCUACUCAAUAAAAGCAGUACCAGAUCACGUACGACUCACCGCAUCUCAUCGACUAGGGGCAGAGCUACGAUCGUGGAAAGCUGCACUUCCCCCGUUCCUUGGGGCGAUCCAUCCAAGCAGCUUGAUACUCAGCUUUCGCCGACAGGCGAUCAUGUUGAAGCUUGCAUACUGCCACGCCGUGAUGCUGGCCCACAGACCAUUCCUGUUGAAGAAUACAAACUGCAGCGAUGACAGCAUGCGGACCAUGGCAGCAGAGAGUGUCAACGAGUGCAUUGCCGCUGCCCAGUCAGUCCUGGAAAUGGUGGACCGCAUGGCACGUGAGGGACGUUUGUUCCACGCAUUCUGGUGGACACAUUACGUGUGUUUCUGCGCGUUGGUCGUCGUCUAUGUCUGGGCUAUUCAGGAAAGCAACAACCUUCCAACUUUGAACGAGCGACGAAGCAUACUGGAUAAGGCUGAGCACUGUCUACAUCAUCUCGCGCAAGCUACCGCAUCUAAUUCACCCUCACGCCGAUACAGUAUCAUUCUCCAGGAGCUGCGCGCUGAAGCCAAGCGAAAGACGGCGAGACCAGUGCAGGAGUCAUGCGUUACAAGGGCACCACCACACGAAUGUUUAGGCGAAAGCCAUGGCGCUAGCGAUCCAGAUACAUUGCACGAUACGCUUGCUCACGAACCAAGCGCUGCAAUGCAGAUGUGGCAGCCGCUCUUCGGCAGCCCACUCAGUGCAACGAAUACAUCCACGCCAGGACUGCAAAGCUUCUACGACAAUUGGCAAACUGUUGACUGGCUUCAGCUUGAUUCUUCCGCCUUUGGGCCCUUCUCUGAAGCUGAUGCAGAGUCACUAUCAUGGAUAAAUCCUACAUGA